AUGUCAAACGUUUCUGAGCUACGUGAACAAUUCAAUCGCCUUGAUGAGGAUAAAGAUGGGUUUAUUACGCUUGCAGAAUUUAAAGCAUAUCAUUCAAGAGAAAGCAAAGGUAAUAUGAACGAAUCGGAUAUAGCAAAGAAGUUUGCUGAUAUUGACUCUGACAAAGAUGGACUAGUUACAUUCGAUGAAUUUAUACAAGCAAAUAAACGUUAG